UUGGUUGGUCGGUUGGUUGGUUUACAGUGACACUUGAGAAUGUCUCAGCAGGAUUACUAAAAACCUACUGAACUGAUUAGCACCAAACCUGUGGGAGGGAUGGGUCAUAGGUCAGGGACAAAUGACAUUUUGGUGCAGAUCCAGUGAAAGGAGCGGAUCCAGUAUUUCUUUUUAAUUACUCUCCUCAACAUUGCGAGAGAGGACAUGUUGUAGACAUUUCCAACGAAUUCACAGGAUAAAUUUGUAGAAUUUGGUGCAGAUCCAGAGAAUAAUCUGGAUUCAUCAAUAAUCUGGACCUGAAAGACGUGUAGGAUUGUUGAGCCUUGUCGGAGGUAUGUGCUCGUCCGAGUGCCUUUCUAGUUUGUUUUAUUUUAACAGUGUUUUUUCUUCUUUUGUCACAGGUGCACGGUGAUGAACAUGAAGAUGAAGGUAGAGUGAGAUAUGAAAACUUUGGAGAACCUUCUUCCUCUGUCAGAAUCCGCUGAUCAACAAGCUGGAAGCUUUUCUCCUCUGCAGCCAGUUCAGUUCACAGCAGCUGGAUUCAACCUUCAUCAAACACCUUCACAGCUUCAGACCUGUCAGAUAUUAGAUGGUGCAGAUUGUUGUUGAAGCUCAGUUUCAUCUCUCAGUGUACAGAGGUUCUUCUUUGAACCCUCUCUCUUUUAGCAGUGUUGUAGCCACGUCUUUGUUGGGAUAUAUACGUGUCUGUCUGUAAGUGAUGAUGAUAUAAUCUACAAAUGAAGAAAUCUUUAACAAUCAACUGAUUUGUCAUCUUGUUUUUCAAGUUCAAGUGUUUGAUAAUGGAAGUGUAUUAAGCCCCGCCUCUAUAACCUCCCUCUCUCCUCUCAUCAUACUCCUACUGUCACACACCACGAGCUCACACUACUUCCUCCUUUGCUCCAGACACAUUCGGUCACUUGGACGUGAACAUGUGUCGUCAUGGAGCGCUUGCUGAAAUGACUGAUGAUGUCAUUUUCCCUGGAGCUCGGUUUCCUGUGCAGUGUGCAUGCAGCAUGAAAACCCUCCAGUCAGUAAACACUGUAGAAACUCUUCUAGUUGUGUGGUUGAGCUCCAGUGUGUGUUUCUGUGUAACUGUGUUUUUAGCGUGGAGACUUUGUGCUCUGACUGCGACAGUCAGACACUCGUCACCCAUUUGUGUUUCUGAUAUUGAUGUGGUCACGAACUCUGCUGCUGUUUAACCCACAUUCUCACCAAAGCUCCUCCCCCUCAGUUCUCAGAAAAACUACAAAUCAAAAUGUCUCACGUCUUUUAGAUAUCAUCUGUUUUCUGAAGAGAGGAAGAGUCUAGCAGUCUUCACACCUUUAACUUCCUCUGUCCUUCUUCUUUUCAUGUGGUCCAACAUGUCACAUGUCACAUGUCACUAAUGGAGCGUGAGAUCGGACACACUGUGGGUUUGUUGGUUGACAACAAGGCACAGCGUGUUGCCGUAGUAACGUCUGUGACAUCUGACCUCUUUAAUGUCGGUUGCUUCUGAUAUUGUUGAUGAGAGAAUUGGGGAUCAGUGACCUGCAGGUGCGUUCAAUAGGCAGCAGUUCACAGACUGAUGAAGAGACGCAGAGAGACAGAAAAGCACCAUGAUUGAAUUCAGAUGGAUUCAAAUGUCCGUGUUUCUGAUGCUGCUGCUCCAGAUUACAGGGGUGGUGACGUCGUUGUGUCCCGACCAAUGUUGAGACCAAACCUACUUCCUGCUUUCCACUGAGUUACUGGGACGUCCUGAUCAUAGAGAAUGACAGUGGUUCAGUCUGGAGCAAUAACGAGACCAUUUGUCCUCAUGGUCAGAGACGGAGAAGACGUCACUUUGCCUUGUAACAAUGUGGCAGAUGAUCAGGGUGAAUGUGGCCGUAUCACCUGGACAUUCACUGGUUCAACAACCUCAAAACCAGUAGAACUGAUUUUACAUGGAAGGAUCAGUGAGAAGGUCAAAGACAGAAUGAGUCUCACAGAGAAAUGUUCUCUGGUUAUAAAGAAGGUCACAGCUGGAGAUGGUGGUCAAUACUACUGUCAGUCAAGAUCAGGCCAAAGUCAGAGAUAUCUGUUUGUUAUUGACAUGACUGAACAUGAGGACGGUGAUGAGGUGACGUUGAGCUGCUCUGUGUUGAUGUAUAAUAGGCGCAUAAACACUGUGAAGUGGCUGUUUGAGGACAAAGAUGUGGAUAAUGAUACAGUAAAAACCACAACAUCACAGUCUGGGUGCUCAGCCACUGUGACUUUUCAUUCUUCUCUUAUUGAAAAGUCAAAGUAUCCUGAGUUAUUCAAGUGUGAAGUGUUUGAUGUCAGUGGAAACAUUCAGCAGUUUCCCUUCAUCCCUCGGUCCUCAGGUGAAGGUGACAAAGAGAAAACAACCACAACCACAACAGCAAAACCAGCAACUGAAGCAAAACCAGCAACUGAAGCAAAACCAGCAACUGAAGAAAAACCAGCAACUGAAGCAAAACCAGCAACUGAAGCAAAACCAGCAACUGAAGCAAAACCAGCAACUGAAGCAAAACCAGCAACUGAGGCAAAACCAGCAACUGAAGCAAAACCAGUAACUGAAGAAAAACCAGCAACUGAAGCAAAACCAGCAACUGAAGCAAAACCAGUAACUGAAGAAAAACCAGCAACUGAAGCAAAACCAGCAACUGAAGCAAAACCAGCAACUGAAGAAAAACCAGCAACUGAAACUAAUGCAACACCAACAGGUACAAACAACACUCCAGAACAACAAGGUUUGUGGGCGUUCGUUGUUGUACCUGUGGUUUUGGCAGCAGUGAUUGUUGUUGUGCUCAUCAGACAGAAGAGAACUAAAGGGAAGAAAACGCAGGUGGAUCCAGACACUGCUGAUCCUGAAGAUGGUGUUUCCUACGCCUCCAUCAGCUUCAACAAGAAGACCAAGAGUAAAGCCCGGGUUCAACGUAAUGACGGUGAUGAUGAUGAAGAUGAUGCAGUGACCUACACCACGGUCAGAGUUCCCUCUACGCCACCGUAAACAACCCAAACACAUGAGGCUGAACGUGCGUCAGGGUCGUCCUUCUGUUUAUGGGCCAAGUUCUUCAUAAAGCAUAAUUCCAGCUUUAGAGAUGUCUGUGCUUUAGUUGCUUUGUUGCUAAGGUGAAGUAGCUGAUUAGUUUUAUUGGUCAAGCAGUAUGCAACCGGUGAAGGAAACAUGCUAGGUAGCUUAGCUUGUCGUUAACUUCUUGUUGUUAUUUAGCAUGAUGUUACCUGGUGAUCCUCCCUAGAAGUUAGAUUUGAAAAAGUAGGAAAGGUCUUAUAUUUGAGAAGUUACAUGUUUACAAAGUCAGAUAUUAGAAUGUUGCAUUAUGGGUUGUUUGUAGCCUUAAUGUUGCUAGGCUAGCGAGAGUUUCGAAGUUCUUCUGUAGUAAGUCUUUCAGAGUGAUUUAGUGCCACAGAGGAGUCUAAAAACACAGAGAACGUAUUUGUGACCUUGUAGAGCCUUACAGGAGAGAGAUACACAAACAUGGGUUUUACAUGUUGGCGUAGCAGCUCCUGGUAAGGCUGUGGCGUCACCAGCUGGUUUCUGAAGAGCGGUUUUGAAGCUCAGAGUGAGCUGUUCCACCAUCACCAUCUUGGCAGUGUCUGACUCCGCCCCUAACUCCCAGCUAAUCCCAGAAUGGUCAAAGAGGAGGGUGGCUGAGUUAUAUAUAUAUAUAAACAGGUGAGUUAUAUAAACAGGUGUCAUGAAGGAGGAAAUUAGCUCUAGAGACCAAAACAGUUUUUGUACCAGGCUGUAAACAUGUUUAUUUCUGCUGUAAAGUUGGACAUUUUAACAUGGGAGUCUAUGGGGACUGACUCACUGUUGGAGCCAGACUCUAGUGGUCGUUAGAGGAACUGCAGCUUCUGGUUCUUCACUGCUGAAUUCACUUUCCAGCCUCGGAGGUUGAUGCUUGGUUGAGGUAAACUGUAGAUGUGUUUCCAUUAACCUGCUUAAUGCGCAAUUGUAAAAACCAGUGAUGGAAAAAGGAGAAUUUUGAAAGUAAACGUAUCCACUGGCUCUGAUGCAGCAGCUGAACGAAGGUUUCAAAGACAGUUUAAUGGUGCAGCAGGUCAGAGAAGGGUGUGGGAAGAAAUAGAAGAUACUGGAGCUAGAUAAGCAGUGAUGGCAGCUGGACUAAUGAGCACACCAUGGCUGUUAGAUUAAAGGACAGUAGAUCAGUGUGUGUUGUUCACUUGAUUCUGCACUGAUGCUCUUCACAGUCCGAAGCUUAGAGAACAUUUUCUGUGUUGUUCCUGUUUAAUAGUUUUCUUAUCUGUGUAAGAAUGUAAAACCUCCGACUGUUCAGUGGUAACCUGACACUGAGUGUGUUAAAUAUUAGUCCACCAGACGCUCUGUUGUAACAUGGAGACUGAAGCCAGUUCACCACAAAUAGAGGAAGUGUGUUGUUGUUGUUGUUGUUGUUGUUGUUGUUGUUGUUGUUGUUGUCUGCUCUGCAGUGUGUAACCAGCUGCCCACAUUUCUUUCCAUGAGAUUAAUAAAGCAUAAAGCAUUUUCAUGAUCAUUCUUUAACUCAUUCAUUCAUUGGCCAUACUUCUAAUCCACUGAGGUCUCGGGCUUCAGGCCUGGGGGGCUGGAGCCAAUCCCAGCUGGCGUUGGUUGAGGGCGGGGUUCAACAUGGACAGGUCACCAGUCCGUAACAGGUCUGACAUACAGAGACCAACAAUCAGUCACGUUCACACCUACAGGCAGUUUAGAGUCACUAAUCAACCUGCAUGUGUUUGGACUUUCAUAAUUAGAGUGAGAUAAUGAGCGAUGUGAACAUGCACUGUCUGUCCGGUCAUGUGAGCUGUCAAACAUCACCAUGGCAACUGUCCGUCUUCUAAUAGACUCUAUGUAAAGAGAAGCCGAGCUGCUCUAUUGCAACAUUCAUCUUAACUAACGAUCAAACA